GUGAUUUAAUUUUGGGGGUUUUUUUAAUAUAUAUACCCAAUGUGACUCGAAAUGAGAAGCAGAAUCUGCUAGUUCCCUCGCCGGCGAAACCAGUUCACAUGGACCAAAUUCGCCGCUUCCCUCCGCCGUUCUCCGGUGUCGGCGGCGCCACUCCGUGCUCUUUCCUUUGGCGUGCUCAGGACAACGGCGGUGGAGCCACGGUGGCGACGGAUGAACUGGAACUGAAGCAGGCUCUCCUCCGCAUGACCCUCGAGCUGGAGUCCACCCGCGCCACGGCCCAAGAGGAGCUCCGUAAGAUGGAGUCGCAGGCGCUCCGCCUCACCCGCCUCCUCGAAUCCGCUACUCGGGAGCGCGACGAGGCCCGCCACGCCCUCCUCCUGCUCCUCCUACACCACCAGGCCGACCACCCUUAUCCUCCGCCCGGAUCCACCUUCCUUCCCGUAGACGAGGCGGCUGCCGUUGACCUCGACGACGGCAAGAGCAGCAAUCCAGCGGCGGCUUCGCCGGCGCCGGCUCUGGUGGAAUUAGAGGCCGCGGCGACGAGGAGGGGACUUCCAGAGAAGGGACGGCUGGUGGAGGCGGUUAUGGGGGCGGGGCCGCUGCUGCAGACGCUGCUCCUGGCGGGGCCCCUGCCGCAGUGGCAACACCCGCCGCCUGACCUCCACGCCGCCGAGAUCCCACCCGUUACCAUCGCUUUGACCUCCAACCCGGAGGCCUCGCAGCCGCCGUCUCCGUCGCCGACCUCGUUUUGGAAUUCCUCGCCGUCGUCUUCGUCGCUGGAGAGCGGCAACAACAAGUUUCAAAACGCCGCCUUUACUUUCAACAACUCCGUGUGAUCGAAAUCCCUCUCCUUUUUUUUUCCUUCCUUCUUCUUUUCAGUGCGGUGGCUGGUGUUCUCUAUAAUUUCUAACCGAAUUGUACGUAUAUCCAAAAAAAAAAAAAAAUGGUUUCUUCGCCAGCUUACUUCUCCUCUGUAUUUACAUAAACCUCUUUGUCCAUCACUUCGUUCGCUGUGUUUCACACUCUGUUGCAUGAAUGGAAGCAGUUGAGUUUUGCAGCUA